UUGUCUUGAGGGUAUGUAGGCCAUGUACGUAUACGUACGCCAGAUCGAUCGAUCUUUGCAGCACUAAUCUAUGUAUCAUCGAUCUUAUCUUGAAGGUCUGCAGUUAGUGUUAUAUAUUCUAGUGCAACAAGUAAGUAAUAAAAUUAGCAGUGGCAUUAACUCGAUCGAUGAUGGCUAAACUGAUCCUUCCAAAGGACUGCCCUAUAAAUCAAUAGUGAGAGAGAGAGGUCAUAAUUAAGCAGAACAGUAGCAAUUAGUAAGACAGUAGCUUGUGGUAGAGCUUGUAAAGUGUGUAGUGUACGUAGAUAGCAAUAUAAUGGCUGCAUCAGUGAAGAUGGCCGGCGUGGCGUGCGUGUUGGUGGUGGGCGUGCUGUGGCUGAGCGCCGGGCAGUCGGCGGCGUGCGACGGGCACCCAUGCCCGACGCCGGCGGGGAAGUGCCCGAUAAACACGGUGAAGCUGGGGGUGUGCGCCGACGUGCUGGACGGGCUCAUCCACGCGUCCACGCCGCCCAAGGAGCCCUGCUGCCCGCUCAUCGCCGGCCUUGCCGACCUGGACGCCGCCGUCUGCGUCUGCCUCGCCAUCAACGCCAACCUUCUCGGCCUCAACCUCGACGUCCCCGUCGACCUCUCCCUCCUCCUCAACUACUGCGGCUGCAAGCUCCCUGCUGGCUUCAAGUGUGCCUAAUUACAAUUAAUUACUCUCUCUAUACAAUUAGAGAAGCUCUUAUUACGUACUACUCGUACCAGUACCGUACCACUCCAUUACCAUUAGUUAGCUAAUAAACUAGACUAGCCCCAUGUGGGGGGCAUGUGCGUGUGAAGUGCAUGUCAUGAGCAUAUGCAUACAUAGUGCUCCCUAGCUAGCUAGCUUAAUUACCAGGCCAGGGUUUGUGCACUACUAAAAAAAACCCUCAUACAGACCGGCUCAUAGGUGCCGGUUCAUUUAAAACUGGCACCUAUAGAGCUUUUCCCACCUCCCUACGGUGGAAAAAUA